UUUCCAAAAACAUUGCAUUUGGUAAUUUUCAAGUAUCUAGGAAAGAUAACCAACAGCAUCAUGAAGGAGGUCUGGAUCAUUCUAAAGAGAAAAUUAUAGAUGUUGAUGCUUUCCUGUUAAAGCAGGGUCUGGAAAAUACAGCUCAAACUGAUCUCAAAAGCAGCAGAAGAAAAGUCUCCUCUUACCAUGAACCCAGAUCCCCUCUGUGUUUUGCACAGUUACAUAAAGACAGUGAACUUGUCCCACAGAAAAGGAGUGAAAAUAAUUAUGAUUUAUCUGGAAGGAAGGCUGAGGAUGGUUACAGAUCCCAGAUUCUCGAUAUUGAUGCGCUUAUGGCAGAAUAUAAAGAAGAAUCAGUGAAGGCCAGUAACGUUCGUGACAAGCUCUCUGAAGAUCACAGUUCAUUUAGUAGGGAGAAAUCAAAGAGCAAAAGAAAUGUAUCAGAUCGGACGUCUUCCUAUAGCUGGAAAGAGAAAGAGUGGAAGGGAUCAGAUCACUAUUCUGUUAAUAACAAACAAGGUGACCGUGCAGAAGAGUACCACAGGCCAGAGAAAUUAAUUCUAAAUGAAAAGAGCAAAGAGAAACUGGAAUCAUGUAGCCCUGAAUUUGAUAAACAAAAGUCCAAAGACAGAAAGUUCAGUCCUCCUUUCUGGGGAAAUCCUAGCAGCUUUUUUUCAGAUAAGUUUGUAAAUUCACCUGUGGAGUUUGCUAGGAAGAAAACUUUCAUUGUUGAUGAGGAUGAAGAAGUGAACUUAACUUCCAGGAAUCAAAGUGCAAAAUUUGUGAUUGGUAAGGUACAGCCUAUAAAUGCAGUUGGUCCAGACCAAAGGUUGGAAGUUAAUUUUGCUUCCAAGCUGUCCAUAAAGGCAGAUGAUGGCCUCUUACAGAAGAAGUUGGUUACAAAAGAACAGUUCUUGGAGGUGUCUUCAGAAGGUGAUUGGAGCAAAAAUGUAGCAAGGAGCUCUAUAACGAGGAACAAAGACAAUGGAAAUAAGGCGAUGUGUGAGAGCGACUCUUCCAAUGUGAAAAGUAAAACUGAUUGGAAGAACUAUACACCUGGUUUAGGAAGUGCACCCCCAGAUUUAAGACGAUCCUAUUCAGAAAAGAGCCGCCAAGGAAAAGACAAUCUACCGCUUAUGCAAGAAGUAAGGGGAAGAAAGGAUCUAUACCGAUCCAGGCAAAGCUUCCCAUUGGAAAGUGCGGAUAAUGGGUGGAAACACAAGAUGUCAUCUCAGUCAGAACCAUUUUCCCAUGAGGAUAAAAAGGAUCAGCUGAAGCAGUGCUUCUCCAGACAGCCCCCAGGAGCAAAGGACACAGACACACUCGUGCAGGAGCUCGACAGCCAGUACGGUACCUGGAAUGAGCAGCAGCACAGUGGGGACAGCUUUGUGCCUGAAUCUCCUUCCUUGGAAAACAAUGUCAUUUCAACAAGAAAGCAACCUCCAAAUAGCCACCCGUCUUCACUGUCCUCUCAAACGGAACCUGCCUCCCUGGUUGAUCACCAUGACUUCUCAAGAGACCAAAGGAGCACAAGUUUGGACCGUUCCAGCACUGACAUGGACUCUACUGAUGGGACCGAUUUACCUCCUCCAGGAGACACCUACCCCGAUGAAAAGACCACUGAUUUCUCUUUCAUUGAUCAAACCACUAUUCUGGACUCCAGUGCACUGAAAACGCGUGUACAGCUCAGCAAAAAGAGACGCCGUCGGGCUCCUAUUUCCCACUCUCUUAGAAGAAGCAGAGGGCUGGAGUUUGAAAACAGAUUUUCUUUGACGGAAGAACCAGAUAAUACCUGGAUGUUUAAAGAUUCCACAGAAGAGAAGAAAACUAUGCAACAGGAAGAUUCUGAUGAGGAAGAAAAGAUACAGCAUACUGCGAGAUCAUCUUCUGUACAAGCUCAGAGACUUCCCGUAUUUCCAGGAAUGGACCACUCUGUUCUCAAGGCCCAACUGCGGAAAAGACAAGAGUCUGAGAGUCCUGGUGAAAUAGGUUCUGCUCAGCUGUUCAAAUCCCCUAAACCACAACUGCAGCUUGGAACUCCUGGUAGCAGACUGCUGCCCUCCAGUGUAGAGAAGGAGGACAGGUCAGAAGAAAAGUCUCCUCAGUGGCUGAAGGAGCUGAAAUCAAAGAAGAGACAGAGCCAUUAUGAGAAUCAGGUUUGAAAAGAUAGUGAUUCUAACUCGAAGAAGAUAAAGAAGUUUAACAGAAGCCUUAACUCAUCUGAACCUAAAAUUCACGUCAUGUUGCUGCUGUUUGCUUCCUGCCUCAACUGCUAUGUGCAUGGUGCCUUCCUGUUUUGUGGAGAAAGCUGCUUGAUAUUCAUAGUCAAAUACAAAGCUGUAUCUUUUCAGAUAUGGGAGGAUAGUCACUUCAGACCUGCCUGGAAGAAGAACCGGUGGUUCGUAGUUAGCACUUCAGAAAGUCUUGAAAGAUUGUAAUAUUUGAUCUAGGAGUGCUGUGCACCAGAAAAGUCCCCUGACUGUUGAACAAAGACUGCAUUUCCGCGUAGGUGUUCAGCAACUCAAAAAUAUGACUUUUGGUAGACGUGCCAGGUGUAAGGCUGGGCUUUGUGUUUGUUUAUGAAAAUAACAAUUCUAAUCAAAUUUAUCUCUUUUUGUGAAAAAAUAGUAAGCUCCUAUUUAGACUGAAGUUUGUGGAAGGUGAGAGUGAAAGAACAAAUUAUGUUUACUGCCAUAUUGAAAAAGGAAACUUGAUUAUUUUUUGUAAAAUGUAUUUUUGAUUGGCUUAUAUUUACAUGUGAUCUGCUGACCUAGCAGAUGAAUAUAAUUUUUAGAUGAACAAAAUGUUAACUUUUGUCACUCUUGAAAUGGUAUAUUCUGUGUUUUGUCAGCAUGUGGAAUAAUUGCUUCAUUGGAAUGUCUUUCCUAAAAAGGAUCAAGCAAUAAUGUCAACCAGUUCUCUUUAAAAAAAAAAAAUAAAAUAUGUAAAUACUGUUUUUUUUAUAACAAAAAAGGAAGGGAAGAGGGAGGAUGUUACACUCAUAUCAGGGUUCCAGUUAAUUGUUGAAUGUCACUUUAAUAGCAGUUUGGAUAGUCCCACUUCAUAUUUUUAUUUGUUGAUCUGUAAAUACCAGGUUUAAGUUUUUAUUUUUAUGCUGAUUUUGUGGGAUAACCUAAAUGUGAUCUUCAGUUUCUCAGAUUAUUUACUUUUCUUCUUUUGGUAAGACCGAUGUUAUAAUAGCAGUAUAGAUAUCUCAUGCAUAACACGGGUGUGAUGAAUAUCACUUAUAUCUCAAAUAUGUUAGUAUCUUUGAAAACAGAUUCUGAAAUAUCAACCAAGAUGUCCAUUUAAGACAUACUUUAUUCUUUCCCCAAGUAAGUGCUCUUUUCAGUAAACCUUUAAAGAUGUAGCCCAACGAGGGAGGUUAUUCUGUCGCAUCAGUAUUCCUCUCGACUCGACUAAGAAAGCAGCAAUGUGGAAGAAGGAAGCGAGACUGGAGCUCUCUCCUCCUCUGGUGCCCUCCUGUAGCGCAGGGCUGGGCAGAGCCUCCCGCAGCGCCGGCAGCCCAAAAGCCGCGUGGGACAGCGUGGCAGCGGUGUGGGGCCGGAGCGGGAGCAGACACUGCUCCUUGCGUUGCACUUCCCGUGUCCUGCUGAUGGGCUUCUCUAGAUAUUAAAGAUAAAGCACCUGCACUUGAACUCAUUUUCUUUUUUUUUUUUCUUAUGAUCAGCGUUUCGGAAAGCUUGGUUUAUGUGGGGUUACCACAAUGGUGCAUCUGCUAGCCAGAGUGGCAUUGCCUGGUCUGCUGUCUAUCAAGCUUGUAGCUGCCAAAGCCAUGUGCCAAUUCUUCUCAUGGAGGAGUCACAGAUGAGGUGAUUUUUAGUCCCAGUCUGCUUGUAGGAAAUAACAGCAGUAUGUCAGGAGACAAGUCCCAUAUGCACGUAUCUCUCUCCCAGAUUUAGUUCCGAUAGCAGCUCCCUGUACUUAAUGGAAGUGACACGGAUAAGUUUCUCUUAUGUAAAAAAUCUUUACUUGCUGCUUUGCCCUACUUCACAUCAGAGCUGUUGCCGCUGUUACAGUUUUACAGCCCCUUCUGCGACCAAUUAAGAAACGAUCACCCCAGAUUUCUGCCAAGUGUUUCAUUCUGUGUGGCUUUUAACCCUGGGCAAUGGGAGAUGGACUUCCAUUUGAAUGCAGUCAACCAGACUGUUAAAGAGCUCCUCUUAGCUAAUUUUAAAAUGUUGCACAUAUUUUCUUCAUCCCUUUUCUUCAGAUGGUGGUGGAAAAGGCGACUCUUGAAGAGAUAAGCUUGUGUAUGUGUCUCUUUGGGAUUUUUUUUUUUUAUGGCAGCACUGACGGGUACCAUCAGUUGCAUACUGCGUGUGACGCGCACACUGCGGUCAGCCCUGAAGGCAGCGUUUGCAGGUGUGAGAGAAGAAUGAUUGCUUUUCUUACUCCAGUGAAGUGGGGCUUGCUUUAAAAAGUAUCUAGAAAUCAGGUAAAUUCCCCCUGCUUAUGAGAAUAUUUACAGAGGCUUGAUUUUCGAAUUCAGCGGGUUGACAGUGUUGCAUUACCAAUAGUUGGAGGAUUUACUGGUUCUUGGUCUAAUAAGUGAAGGCCAGAAAUUCUGUACCUGCAGUGUUUGCUCUGCGUUUGAGGAAACUGAGAGGAUUAAUGCUAGGUUUCCACAAAGCCCUUUGAAUGUGUAUGCAUUUCCACAUCUGCUUGGACAAUGCACUGAAACUUACUGUAUUUAGUAGUUUAACCUACUACUGAGAAAUGUUUAAUGCUUAAAUGUCUAAUUAAAAAGCAUCUUUAGAAUGUUAUUGAAUGGAAAAGUGUUUUUUCUGCUCUUAUCAUUUCUUUAUGUUGUACAUGGAUUAAAUAUCUAUUUCCUUCUCUUCAGGUUAUCACUGUGUAAUAAAAGAUCUAUAAAUAUGUUAUUACUUCUUAAAUGAUAGAACAUACUGUAAUACACUUUAUGCAAUUC